UUCCUUCCUUCCGUGGCCACAAACCAUUUCAGUGGAGCAGAGCAGUGCCUCUUGUUCUCGGCAACUGCAGUUAGAGAAGAGUAGCAUGGCAGGCACGUGCACAUACAUCUCUCGUCACGUGAUCGAACUGUCAUCCUACAACAGAGCUAGCAGGUCUGGGAGAGAGGGUGCUUCAUUUUGUUGGGCUCGCCUCUCUGCGAUGAGUAGCAAUGGAGUGUCAAGAACGCGUAAGGUUGCACUUGCACCGGAAGGACCGUCUUGCUUAUUCGUUGGCCCAAUAGAGACUGCAAGCCAAGAAACUCUCGAAGCUCUCUAUCGUCAAGCACGAGAUGCAUAUUACAGUGGUAAACCUUUGAUAAUAGAUGACAUGUUUGAUAGAGUUGAGUUAAAAUUGCGGUGUUAUGGUUCCAAAUGUGUUGUCAAGUACCCUCGCUGCAGUAUUAGACGACAGUCAACAUACUCUGAUGCUGAGGCAGAUAUAUCACAGGCGUUUGCACUAGCAAGUAUUUGGAUCCUGUUUCUUACAGUUGGCUGUUCAGCGUGCGCUCUGCCUAUAAUCUACACAAUUGGCCUGGCUUACCAAGAUGCAUUUGGCUCGGUAAUAUCCCAUGGCAGCCAGACGCCUAUUAUUGGGUUUCUUGCUACUGUUAAUGGUAUUCUCUUUAUGGCAGUGAGUGCUUUGAUUGGCUAUCCAAUUGCAUCUGCUUCGGUGAAGGUGCUGCAAGGUCUAUGGAGGAAUGACUUGGUGGCACUCAAGGGAGCAUGCCCAAAUUGUGGCGAGGAGGUAUUUGCCUUUGUGAAAUCAGAUCAAUCUAACAACUCCACACAUCGAGCAGAUUGUCAUGUAUGUGAAAGUUUACUAGAAUUCCGCACCGAGGUUGAGCAAACCAUUUCAAGAGUAGGUAGACGGUGGGUGUUUGGGCGCAUAUACCUUGUAUCUCGAAGACAUCAGAGAUUGAAGUAAGAUCUCAGCCUGAAACAUGGCUUCUGGAGCAGUUGUGUACAAAAUAAUGAUUCUUUCCUCUUUUAUAUAUAUUUUCUUGUUUUAGUGGCUAAAUUGAAACAAUUCUGAAACAGUCUGUUACAAGUCAAUGAACUACUUCCCAUUUGCUCUUGUAGAAAUGUCUGAAGGUCGUAAAAACCUAUUGAACAAAAGUUUAAAGGAAAAGCAAAGGAGCCUUGAAUGACC